AAAAUAAAAUCCAAAAUAAAAACCCUCAUCCCUCUCAUCUUUUUAUCUCCCCUAUUCUUCGUCUGCUACGCUUCCCUUUCCCAUGCCUCAACACCGCCGAUGAGCCCCGACCACUUCUUCUCCAACAAUGGCGACGGUAUAUUCAAUCAGUAAGAAACCCAAAUUGUUUGAUUAUCCUAAAGACCGAGAUGACCUCGUCUACCUUGCCGUGCUCGCCGCCUCUGGCGGUCGCUACGAGCACAUGUAUGGCUACAUGAGAAGGCUCGCCGAAAUCCUCGGUCCCACCGAACGCCUAACCGUCGAAGAGCGCAAAUGUUUCAGCUGGGCCUGCAACUCGUAUAUAAAAAACAAACAGGAUGCCUACCGCAGCGUCGCCAAAUUAGCGGCCGAUUGGGCCGGCAUCGAUCAAAAGCAGGCGGAUGCCGCCAAUGCUUACCUGCCGAUGAUGGCGAGAGAGAUCGAUGCAAUCUGCAGGGAUGUCGUCAAGACCAUCAAUAAGUAUUUUAUGGACCCUGUUUAUGGGCGGGUGCGGUCGGCAUUGGCGGUGGAGCCUAUGAUUUUUUACAGGACGUUGAAAGGGGAUUUUCUGAGGUAUCAGGCGGAGGUGAACACAGGGUUCGAAAGUCAGAGGUUCGCAGACGAGGCUUAUAAAUCCUAUCUGUCCGCGAAGAGAGACGAAGGUCAAUUGCCGACGACAAAUCCAACACGGCUUGACAUGCGGUUCAGUUUAGCUCACUUGAUAUGCGACGUAUUCCGAAAGCCCUAUGAGGGUUAUAAGAUUGCCGGAGAGGCCUAUGAAUUGGCGAUGCGAGAUUUGAAAGCUGCCGGGGAGGAACCUUCAGGAGACAUCGCUGACGCAUUGAGUCGUCUGCAGCACUUUCUUAACCUUUGGAAGAAUUAUGCAACUUAGGCUUCGUUUGAUGCAGCUGCUACAUUUUAUAGCAAUUGUGUUUGCCGAACUUGUUGAGAGGAGUGGCAAUCUGGAAUGACAAAAAUUUAUCAUUUUUAUGGAAGAACUUUCGAAGACAUUCGUCUCCAUGCCAUUCGCUUCGACUAAAUAAGGCUUCACCGUCUCCUCAAACGAAGCGUUUAAAGGAUAGGUUAAGGAAGUAUACUUAUUUUUAUUUUUAUUAUUUAUGUUUAAUUUCGGGCCUUUCUGAUUGUACUUUUUCUUUUUUUUGCAAUAAGUUUUCGAAAGUGAAAUCGAUAUUUAGAAUUUUGAGUUGUUGCUUCAUAGCAUGCAAAGCUGUGGGAUUCAUGCACUUGACAGUGCUGGGGGGAAAUAAUUUUCAGAAGUUUAUUAAUAUGAUGUAGGAAAUAAUGUGAGAUUUUAUAUGACUAUUGUGUGAGAAGCAGAGUUGUCGAGAGAUAUAUUGAUAAUCUCUUAAGAUUGU